AUGAGCGGCGUCGGUUUCCUGACGAAGCCGUUCACGUCGAGCGUGCGUCGGCGCCGGCGUCGCUGCGAAAAGCUGGAGCACUCGCAGCUGCAGCUGCAGCAGCAGCAGCCCGACGUGGUGCCGCAAUGGGAGAUGGCGGUACCGAUUACGCCCCCCGCCGCCUUCAGGCCGUCCGCCCGCCCGUCAUUCAAAGGAUCAUCGACAGUUAUGGAAUCACCCUGUGAAAGGCGACCUUCAGCUCUCUGCUAUAGCAGACGAACUACUGCGAUUGCAGUACCUACUGCUUCAGCAUAUUUGCCUCAAUUCCUGGGAAAGUUGAUGUGGGCGGUCAUGAAUGCUAUAGCAGUAGUAGGCAGAACGAAGCCGAAGAAAGAAAAGACUGACGGAGCGGCACAAAAUGGCGCUCUAUCUCCCAAUGGGGAGCCGCCCUCGCAGGUCUCCCAGCCGCUUCCCGGCAUGGAGAAUGCGGGUAUGAAGCUGGAAAGGCCGAGCACGCUGGGACACGGGAAGCUCACCAGGCGGCUGCUUUGUUACCACAGCGAACAUUUCGCCGACGGUCAAGGCAACCCUCAGCAGGGCGGCACCCCGCCGCCCCAAGACAAGCACUCACACCCCCACUCCCACCAUCCCCAUCUCCAGCAGCAGCAGCAGCAGCACCACUACCAGCACCACGGGCACGGGCAUGCCGUGCUGCCCCCGCACGUGCCCGGCGGAGGCGGGGCGUACACGCUGUCCGAGCUGCCCGAGCCGCCCAUUCCGGUGUCGGAGAUCGGGCCGAUUCCGCCGCCGCCGAUGUUCAGUUCGCCCAGUCCGGUGCCCAACAGGUUGUCGCCGCCGCCGCCCGACAGGAGCGAGUACGACUAUGACGAUAACGAUGAGGACGAGGACGACGAAUACGACGAUGACGACCAAUUCUACCUGCCGCUGCCCGACCCUGCCAUCGACACGUCGCGCGUCGACGAAAUACCCGCCAAGGAACCGAAGUUCGGCUUGGUGCCGCUCAAAUCGGCGCUGAAGAAGCGGCCGGGCAGCGGCCCGCCCACGCCGCAGGGCACGCCCACUCAGGAGGGGGGAAGGGCGGCGUUUAGUCGGGUGCAACAGGAGUACAACUCCAGUUUCAAUGGACCACGCAAAACGCUCUCAGUACCGAAAAAGUUCGAGCUGGUGCGACGAGUGGAAAACCCUUUAAAAGCUAAAAUUGAGCUAUCAUUCUUUGCUAAAUGUCGAAACUAUGCUGUAUUACCGAAAAGAAACACCGGCAAGCCGGUCCGCUUCGGCCCGGCCACCACCAUCGAGAACAAGGAGAACGCGCGACCGAUGCCCAUACGCGAGGACGACAGCGACUCCGAUUCGGCGGACGGGCCCAUCCUGUACAGGGACGACGGCAGCGGCGGGGGCGGUGGAGGGGACGACAAAACGGCGCUCAAGAUGGCGCGCAAGGAGAGCCUGUCGCUCAAGCUGGCGCUGAGGCCGGACAGGCAGGAGCUGAUCAACAGGAACAUCUUACAAAUCCAGAGCGAAAAUGAAAGGCAGGAGAGCAAAGAAGCCAUCGGGGCCAGGCUGAUUAGGCGGUUAAGCAUGCGACCAACACAGGAAGAGCUAGAGGAGAGGAAUAUACUGAAAAAGCAAAGCCCUGCGGAGGAGAAGAAGCAGAAAGAGGAGAAACGCAACUUUUUGCUGCGCAAGCUCAGCUUCCGGCCCACCGUCGAGGAGCUGAAGGAGAAGAAGAUCAUCCGGUUCAACGAUUACAUCGAGGUGACGCAGGCGCAUGAUUACGACCGCCGGGCUGACAAGCCGUGGACGCGCUUGACGCCCAAAGACAAGGCGGCGAUCAGGAAGGAGCUGAACGAGUUCAAGAGCUCGGAGAUGUCGGUGCACGAGGACAGCCGCCAUUUGACGAGAAUACACAAAGUUAGGACUAAAGUGAUUUACAAACGUAGAAAAAGAAGCAUAGUAGGUGGUGCUAGUCCUCGUCUGAUGAAUUAUUUGGUUUAUAAUGUGAUAGCGCAGAAGAAAAAAAUUCCAGCUAAAUUGCAAGUUUCGGUGGUCUAUUUGGACUUGGCCUAG